AAAUUUGGAUAUUUCCCUAAGUUUAAGUACUAAAGUGACCCGUAAUGACUCAUACAUAUUUUUGGGAAGUUUUGUAUUGAUUGGUUAUUGUUAUUGCACGAAAUCCUAAAAAAUUGCCUUCAAAAUCGACUGUAAAGAAAUCCAAGAAAAUUUGUGGGUUAUACACCCUUUACGAUUCUUCAUCAUUACCCACUAUGAGUCUUACAGAAUUCGCCAUGAAAGUUGUUGGAACUAGAGGCCCCAGGGCUAUUGUCUAGUGAUAAGAGGAGGAAGAAGUGAUGUGUGGAUUGGCGCACGUCACAGGCUCGAAUCGUGGCGCAGACAAAAGCGUAUUUAAGUGGAGAAGGGUAAAGGCAUCCAUGAGUUUCGAACUGUGUACUACUGGCCCUCGGGAUUUCUCGGUCGAAGAACUGGCCUUUCUUAUCAAAGAUAAUCUUCCUUGCAAGCAUCUUAUCCUAGCUGUGGAAGAGACCCUAGUCAAUUUCCUUCUUGAUGAUACCAGUUCUAGUGGGGUCUUGGAGCUAGAACCAAUGAAUCCAUAUAACCGUCUUCUCUUACAUCGGCUUGCUGAUAUUUUUGGAUUUUCUCAUCAGUCAGUUGGUGAAGGGGAAGAACGGCACUUGGUUUUGGAGCGUUGCUCAGAGACAUCAGUACCUUCCAUUCUCAUUAGUGAUCUCCUGUGGCAGUAUGACGAACUACAAUCUCCAAGGACUGUAGAUGUAAUAUAUAGAAGAAAAGAAGGUUCUGAAGUGUUGUUCAAAGGCUCAUUUAAGGCUCACUUAAGCCCUGAUGCUCAGAAAAGCUCGGGAGGGUGCUUGGCCUCGCUUCAGUGUAGGCAAGGCUAUAAGGCGCACACACCGAUUGCCCAUGAAUUCUAUCUUGAAUCCAGCGAGUCAAAGGUAGAAGAGACACCAACACCAAUCUUUAACAUUUCCCUUGAGGAGAGGGAAGAAGCAUAUCUGGCUGCCCGAAAACAGAUUUUUUCUGGUGAUCAAGGUGAGACAAGACAAUGUAUGAAAGAUAGGCCUCGAAAAGAUCCUAUGGUUGCCCGUCGUAUGAUUGCACAUGCACUUGGCCAAAGAAUCAGGCCAUCUAACCUUGAGAUCCUCCAUGCAAAUACUGAGGAAUGUGAAGAAAAAACCAAGGAUGUAAAUAUCCAGCAUAAGGACGAAGGUCGGAUAAAUUUGGGCAAGCAGACUCAUAUGGAGGUCAAAACUCCCCCUGCAAAAUAUCCGGAUUCCGGUGGUAAGCUUAAAAGCAGCGUAUCGAAUGGUAGUAAAACACCACAUAUUAAGAAGAUAACACCUAAAAACACUGAUGGGACAGGUUCCUCGACGCAAGUGAAAAAGGAGGGGAAGGUUAACAAAGAGAGUAUUCGUGAAGAACAUAUUGGUGCUGCUAAGAGAAUAUUUGCCAAUGCUCUAGGAUUUGCAAGAGAAGGGAAUCUUUCAAAAUGAGGUGCACCAACUUGCAGCAGUCUAAAAUUGGAAUUAUAAUGUAUUCUUCUUGAAAUGCUUGAAGAGUAGCCCAGCCACACAAACCAUUGAAGUAAUCAAUGAUCUUGGAGCACUUUGUGAUGCUCUUGUGAAAUCUGAGCCAUGAGGAAAGUGACUGGUAUAAUUUUGUCCCAGCUUUUGAUAGGUUCAUUGAAUUUGUUCAUCAAGUAACUAUUGGGGUAUGGAAGUGAAAGCUACUGAAUCCAAGUCAUGGCCACAUUAAGGUCGUAAAGCUGGUGAGGUUUGCCUCGGCUGUCUGCUUUCCUGUCAGCAUCAUCCGGCAGAUUUUCUCUUCAGGGAAACUCUUUGGUGACCACAUCCUUCAUUUUCUUUGGCUUCUCCUCUUUAUGAUGUAAAACUUUAAUACAGUUCCUUAGAUCACAGACCAUCUAAUGAGCUUGUCUGGUUUGGUAAUACCUCAAGUUUUCACUUUGGCUUUUUGGCCAUGGAAUUGCAUGUUUAUCAACGUUGUGCAGAUUGCAGUGGUACACCUGAAAUCUGGAUUUGUUAAUGAAUGAGUUUUAACUGUUUAA